ACCUGACGGCUGACAUCGUCGCUGACAUCUCACUUUAUAUAAGGGACUUUCUAGGAAUUGAUUGAAAGUAGUUUGUGAAAAUAUUAAAAAUCAAGCUGCUUUGCUGAUACAGUAUUUACCAAGGAAGCUCGAAGAUUAAUUUCUUAAUUGACGGUUAAGUCGAAAUGCGAUAUAUAGCAGAGCAAGAAGCACUGAAUAUUUGAGGCAUAACGAUCAAGUGGUCACGAUUACGAUAUUUAAAAAUUUAUUUAAUUUAAAGCAUGAAAUUAAUGUUCGUUAUUUUAAAGAAAACAACCCGGUAUAUUAAUCUCUGAAAGCUUAGGAAAACAAAAUAAUAGCUAAAUUAUUGAGACAAGAAUGGCUGAGGAUCAACAAGAAAUAGUAGAUGGAGAUGUCUCCAAUCACCUCAUAGUGCUGGCAGUGCAGAGAUACUACCCAAGUGAAGAUGAAGAACCUGAAGAAGUUGAUAAAACUGCACCACAGUUGUCUGCGCAAAUGAUCCUUGAAAAAGGGAAGAGAUACCAUGUGCUUGGGCCAGUACAAUGGUGGUUAUAUGUGAAGUGUAUGGAUACAGAGGAGUGUGGAUAUGUGCCAAGUAUGCAUGUGGUACCCCUCAAGAAAAAUCUUUCCAUUCAAGAGCAAAGGGAUAUUGAUAAUGGAGCUGGGAUUGCUCCCUCAAUGGUGCAACGAGAGGAUAUUGACAUGAAAUUUUUCCCUGCUUCACCAGUAGAAAGAGACAUUGCAAACAGGAAAUUAUGUCCUGAAGAAAAUGCCAACAUUCUUUCAAAAAUUACAUUCUGGUGGCUUACACGACUGAUUUAUAAAGGCUUUAAAAAACCACUAGAAGACAAGGACCUAUGGGCUUUGGCAGAAAGAAAUAGAUCUUCAAACAUUGUUCCAAAGAUUUCUUCUAAAUGGGAACAUCUUCAGGAUAAAUACAAGAAAAAGCAUCCACAAAAGUCAAUAUCAGAGAUUGACAACAAUGAAGAACCAAACCAGACGCUAAAAGAUAUUCAGGUCAAUGGGCAGCAAGACAAAGAUCAAGAAACUGUAGAGUUUGUUCCCAAGAAAGAGAAAAAAAAGACGAAAUACAAAGGACCUUCUAUUGCUAAAGCCUUGUUUCUGAUGUUGUGGAGGAAAUUUCUUUUAGCUGUUUUCUUUAAGUUGAUUCAUGAUGUUGCUAUAUUUAUACAACCUCAGAUGUUAGAAUUGCUUAUCGUAUAUACCGAAAAAAAGUCUGAUAGAUGGAAGGGAUAUGCAUACUGUGUGACCAUGUUUGGGGUAGCUGUGGUUCAAUCCUUUGCCCUUCAUCAGUACUUCCAUAUAGUGAUAACACUGGGGAUGAAUAUAAGAACAUCAAUUAUUGGAAUGGUGUAUCCCAAGGCUCUAAGGCUUAAUAAUGAAGCAAGGAAGACAUCAACAGCUGGAGAAAUGGUGAAUCUAAUGACAACAGAUGCCCAGCGUCUCAUGGAGCUGAUGAAUUAUGUGAACACUCUCUGGUCUGGACCCUUUCAGAUCCUUGUAGCUUUGUACUUCUUGUACAACACAAUGGGUGUGUCUACACUGGCUGGUGUUGGCGUCAUGAUUUUACUCAUUCCACUUAAUUUACUGGUCUCCAGGGUUAUUAAGAAACUACAGGUUAAAACUAUGACAUCUAAAGAUAAGCGUCUAAAGAUGAUAAACGAGAUUCUCAAUGGGAUUAAGGUUCUCAAGCUUUAUGCAUGGGAGACCUCUUACCUCCAAAAAGUCUUUGAAGUACGAAAAGAAGAACUGAAACACCAGAAAAACUCCAUGUAUGUUCAUGCUGGCUUUUCUUUCACCUACACCUGUGCUCCAUUCCUGGUUUCCUUGGCAACGUUUGCAAUCUACGUGCUUACUGGUAACAUAUUGACUGCUGAAAAAGCCUUCGUAGCCAUUGCAUUGUUUAACAUCCUGCGUUUUCCCCUUGUUAUGUUCCCGAAUAUCAUAAUGAACUUAAUCCAGGCCCGAGUAUCUAUACAGAGACUACAAGAAUUUCUGAACCUAGAAGAACUUGAUCCGGAUAAUGUAUCAAAAAUAAUGCCUGAACAUCUCUCAAACCAAGCCAUUCAUGUGGAAAACUGCACCGUUAAGUGGGACAAGAAAGACGCUCCGAUUUUGAAUGACGUCAAUCUAAACAUAACGACUGGUUCACUGGUAGCAGUAGUGGGACAAGUAGGAAGUGGUAAAUCUACGUUACUG